AUGCGCAUCUUUGACAGAUCCAGAACCAUAAUAAGUGAGAACCUGGAACAAGCGGUUAAUAAAGCAGAAGAUGAUUGGGCGUUGAUCGCUAAGAUCUGUGAUACUGUUAACGCAAAUGAUUCUGGUGCUAAAGAAGCAGCAAAGUUUGUUAGGAAGAAAUUGGUGCGAUCGCAAAAUACGCCCGCUGUACAAGCGCGGACGAUAACGGUUCUCAGAUCAUUAGCCGACAACUGCGGUGCCAGAUUUCAUGCCGAAUUGGCAUCGAAAAAGUUUCUGGAUAAUAUCGAACAAGUUGCGACAGCUUCGAACACCGAUGCAGCUACAAAGGUUUUACUGAUUAAUUCGCUUCGCGAUUUGGCAGAAAGGUUCAAGAAUGAGCCGAGUUUAUAUCCUAUUUCAAAUUUGUACGGGAGAAUCAUGCAAAAGGAAAUCACAAUUACGGGACGAGUAAUUCAGAACAAUCCAACAUGGAACAAUCCAAUGGCUGCAAUGACAGACGAUAUUGAAGUGGCCAAGAAUGCUGCACAAGUGCUCAACCAAACGUUAGCAUUUACUGAUCCUGAGAGCGAGGAUAUUACUAAAAACGAGUUGAUUCAGGAAUUCUAUAACAAAUGUAAACAAAUACAUCAAAGACUGGGAAAACACUUGGCCGAAGUUACUGAUGAGCAACUUAUAAACACCUUGAUCACUGUGAACCAAGAACUACUAAACUCGUUUAAACUAUACGAUGAUAUGGUUGAUCGACGGAAUGUUGGCUUGGCAAAGGCAGAAUCAAAGCAGGUCACGCGACCCAAUGGCGUGGAACACUUUUACGAUAUAUCCGAGGGGGCUGGUGUAGGUCCAAGUAAACCACUGAAAUACGGUAAUUCUAAUCCAUUCGCUGACGAUAACGAAGCGAUCUAUGACCCACAAAUUAGCGGGCCAAGUGAGAAAGCAUUAGGGAAACUCCCGGCUAAUAACUCUGAAGAUGACCAACCGUCAUCAUUCACAAAUGAACAUUCUUCUGGCCUAGCCGUACCAUUCUCGCCGGAAUACCACACAAGUUCAGCCAUGUCUGGACAACGCCGAGAAGAUCUUUUGAUACAGAAUUAG